AUGUUCGUCCGAUCUGCCUUCCGCGCCAACACGGCCGCCUCCAUCAUCGGACGUCGAGGCUUCACCUCAUCGCGCUCCCAGCUCGCCUCCGGCUUCCACUACCCUGAGGGACCUCGCUCCAACAUCCCAUUCAACCCCCUGACCAAGUUCUUCUUCGUAAGAUACUGGGCCUUCAUGAUUACCGGAUUCAGUCUGCCAUUCGCCAUUGCCGUCUGGCAAACCAAGAAGUCUCGUUAA